UCUAAACUUUUUUUUUAUGCCGAAGAUAGGGAUACCUUUCACGUGGAGUUUCUAUAGCUUAAAAAUCUAAUUGAAGAAUCUAGUCAUUUACUUCUAUUUUAUCUCAUUGUUUCAUUUAUUUGAUUUUCAAACUUUUUAAACAGGACUCUAAUUCAUCAACAAUCAUCAACAACACUCAAAAAAACCAAUUAUCAAGAAGACAAAAUCCCCGGGUUCGGUCUCCGGUCGCAUGUUUCUCAGUCGUUUCCCUUUGCCCCAUUUCAGUGGUCAACAAAUAAAAUAAAAAGACAAAAAGCCUUCUGUUUAACCCUUUGAAUUCCCACGAUCCUUUUCCAGUUCUUCACGCUGUGAUCUUUGUUCUAGCCUGAGAUUCUCCGGUUUUCAUGGAGUGCUGCAUGGCGAUUGCAGCUGAUGCUGCAUAAAUGGAAGGAGGAAUUUUUUUACAAUUUCUCAAUAUUUAUCCCAUCUUUCUUGGGGAUUAAUGAUACAAUCCUCGAUGGUGAACCCCAAAAUCUCGCAUCGUCCUACCAUCUGCUACAGGCCCAUCCAACCAUCUGAUUUAGAGAUUUUAGAGCAAAUCCACAGUGACUUAUUUCCUGUCAGGUACGAGUCUGAGUUUUUCCAAAAUGUUGUGAAUGGACGUGAUAUUGUGUCGUGGGCAGCUGUUGAUCGCAGUCGACCCAAUGGUAAAAGUGAUGAGCCUAUUGGAUUUGUUACUGCAAGAAUUGUACUGGCAAAGGAUAGUGAGAUAGCGGAUUUGCUCAGCUAUGACUCAACAAAGGUGGAUCAAACAUUAGUAUAUAUUCUGACACUGGGAGUAGUAGAAGCUUACAGAAAUCUUGGCAUAGCUACAGCACUUAUCCAUGAGGUUAUUAAAUAUGCAUCGAGCAUCCCAGUAUGCCGUGCAGUUUACUUGCAUGUGAUUUCAUACAAUAAUCCAGCCAUUCAUUUAUACAAGAAGAUGUCAUUCAAGUGUGUGCGGAGGUUGCAGGGGUUUUACUUCAUCAAUGGUCAGCAUUAUGAUUCAUAUUUGUUCGUUUUCUACUUAAAUGGCGGUCGUUCUCCUUGCUCACCAUUAGAGUUCGUCACAUUUGUUGUGAAUUGCAUGAAGACUGGUCUGAAGUCUGUGGCUGCAAAGCUGAUAAAGAACGAAGACAAGGGGGUGAGACUGCCUAAACAUAAAGAAACUAGACGUCUCAUAUCGACACAAAAUAAGAGAAUGAUUAAAACUGAGAGUUCUGGAGGUGAGUAUGUUUAAUAAGUAUAGUAGCUGUGGUUGAAAUCUUCCAAGUGAAAAAAAAAAAAAAAAUUCAAUGACUGUUCCCUAAAACUAAAGGAAAUAAGAAAGAAAGAGAAAAUUGUUACCUUGUAAUAGCUUUUGUAUUGGUAAAUAAAUGGUUAUUCUAAUGUGCUUUUUAUUGAAUUUCUC